UCUUACCCCCUCUCUUAAUUUGUAAAUUCGAUCCUAAAGCUAAUUGUCUUAUCAUAUCUAACUCUUUUUUUUUUUUAUUUUUUAAAUUACUUCUUGCCUAACAGAUUAAUAACGUAGACUUUUAUUUAAAUAAGAUCGACUUGGUUAACAUGGUUGGAAGGGACAAUUCUAAUCUCCCUCCCGGUUUUCGGUUUCAUCCUACGGACGAAGAACUAAUUAUGUUUUACUUACGAAAUCAAGCCUUGGCUAAACCCUGUCCUGUUUCCAUAAUCCCCGAGGUUGAUAUUUAUAAGUUUGAUCCUUGGGAGUUGCCUGAAAAAACGGAAUUUGGAGAAAAAGAAUGGUAUUUCUUUACACCUCGUGACCGAAAAUACCCAAAUGGGAUUCGACCCAAUAGAGCAGCCGUUUCGGGAUAUUGGAAGGCAACGGGGACGGAUAAAGCAAUAUAUAGUGCAUCAAAAUAUGUUGGUGUAAAGAAAGCUUUGGUGUUUUACAAAGGUAGACCUCCAAAGGGUGUUAAAACGGAUUGGAUUAUGCAUGAAUAUCGAUUAAACGAAUCAAGGUCACUACCUAAUACUAAGAAAAUUGGUUCUAUGAGGCUAGACGAUUGGGUCUUAUGUCGAAUUUACAAGAAAAAAAGUCCCGAAAAACCUUUGGAACAAAUAGAAGAAGAUACAAAUGCCCAAAAUGUGUCUAGUCAUGACAAUAAUAUUACUAAUAAUAAUGUUAUGGAGUUGCAAACAAUGAAAAUUCCUAGGACAUUUUCACUUGCUCAUUUAUGGGAGUUUGAAUCUUUAGGAUCGAUUUCUCAUCUUCUAGACGACCACAAUGAAAACUAUGACAACAACAACAACAACAACAACAACGGGAUAAUGCCACAAUCGUCAAGUUUAUUCGAUGAAACGAGACUAAGAGGACCACAUUACGUCAAGUUUGAAGACAACCAUCAAAAUGGCAAUUACUUGAACCAACAGACAAGUUUUUAUAAUCCAAUGCUUGAGUUUCAAUGAUGUUUUUAUGGAAUGAAAUUGACAUAGAAGGAUAAUUCUGAAUUUGGAGACAAAUGGGGCAGAAAAAAAAAAAAAAGAAGAUAAAGUAUAGUGAUAAUUGUAAAAUAGGACAUAUAUGGAAGGUAAAAAUAGGGGAGAAAUCUCUUUAUAUAUCAGUAGUUUUUUAAUUGGAAUGGAAAUAUUAUUGUUUUCCAUUGUGGAUAUAUAUUUUGUAUAGAUAUGUUUUUAAAGGUUCUUUUAAUACUUUCUGAUUUUGUAACAA